AUGAGGACUUUCCAAAGUGCGCUUCUGGCUGUCGUGCUCAGCUUGUCGUUCGGCAAUGUCGAAGCAUUCUGGCGAAUGGUCUGUGGGACCGUCCAGGUGGGACGAAUUGAUCCUAUCAUCUCCCCUGGUGGAAUUGCUGGUCACUGUCAUACCAUUGCUGGCCCCAAUAACAUCAACACUACUUCGACGUUUGACAGUCUCCAAGCAGCAUACUGCACCUCGUGCAGUGUUCAGAAGGACAAGAGUGCUUACUGGACGCCAAACCUGUACUUCCGACACUCCAACGGCUUAUUUGAAGAAGUGCCCCACGAUGGUACUGUUGUCUACUAUCUUGACCGCGGAGUUGGCGCAAGCGAUAUGACUCCUUUCCCACCUGGAUAUCGCGUUCUUGCUGGAGAUGCGGCACUUCGCUCCUACAAUACUGCCACCAUGACGUAUGGCAAUAAAUCGUAUGGCGGUGAGCCCGUCGCCAACCGUGUCAGCUACGCCUGCCUAGACAGCAGUGGACCUAUGCCAGAAACGCCAGGCUUUGCUCGGACGAAAUGCAGCUCUGGACUGCGAGCUCAAAUUCACUUUCCAAGCUGCUGGGACGGUGUCAAUCUCUACAAGUCUGAUCAGAGCCAUGUUGCAUAUCUUUCUGGCAUUGACAAUGGCAUUUGCCCGCCUACCCAUCCCAAAACGUUCCCCCACUUAUUUUUCGAGGUCAUCUACUCUGUGAACAGCAUUGACCAAUCUGAUGGUGGAUAUUUUGUCUUCUCGAAUGGUGACACUACCGGCUACGGCUUUCACGGUGACUUUCUGAAUGGAUGGGAUCAAGGAGUCUUGGAAACUGCUGUCAAGCGUUGUAUGGGGGCUAACGCAACCAACGCUGGUCAAAUCGGUCUUUGCCCACCAUUGGCCGCUUCCGUCGACCCCUUCUUCAGCCGGAACUGUCCAGAGCUGCCCCCAACUGUGAAUGAGACUGUCAAAGGCAUGCUCAAGGUUCUUCCCGGAUGUAAUCCACCAACAGGAGGUCCCGGCCGAGCCCAGCAAAAUAUAUGCCCUGUCCAACCCGCACUCAACUAUGUUGAUAACCAAGAUUUCAAGAAUCGCUCCGUUGCUAUUCCAGGAGAUAAGGUUGGCAAUUUCUCGUACCUGGGAUGUGCCUUCGACACUGGCAAUGGCCAGCCUCGACCUUUAGCAGGCAUGAGCUAUUCCAAUCAAACUGCAAUGACGAUCGAUUCGUGCACCGCCUUUUGCAAAAAGAACGGCUACGCAAUGGCUGGUCUAGAAUACGCGUCACAAUGCUACUGCGCGAGUGCUCUUAGCCAGGCCAUCCAACCUCAGCUGACUUGUUCAUCUCAAUCAUACAUGAUUUGCACAGGCGAUAGCUUUCAGUUUUGUGGCGGGCAAGGCCUCAUGCAAAUUUGGAGCGAUGAUUCAUACACUGGGCCUGCGUUGAAGGGUCUUCCCGUUGCCGAUCAGACGACCCUACCUCUUCUCAACGGCGAUAAUGCGACGUAUAGAGGCUGCUACAAGGAAGGAGUUGGUACAAGAGCUCUAAGUGGUACUUCGUACUCGAACAACACUGGCAUGUCAUUGGAAAACUGUGCUGCGUUUUGUCAACGAGGAAAUUUCGCACUUUUCGGUACUGAGUACGGCCAAGAGAGAGUCCUACAAGGAAAUUGCUCCUCCUUCUGCAGCGGCGAUAAGACUGAAUUCUGUGGCGGUGGGUCACGCCUCUCAGUGUGGUCGCGGGGCUCAUAUAGCCAACCACCAUCAUCUUCGAACACCGCCAGCACCCCCACUGGGACUCAAUCAUCUACUACCAUGAGUAACUCUGCAACAGCAGUGCCCGCUGCAUCCGGCAUUGUUUACAUGGACUGUUAUAGCGAAACACAAGGGACCCGUGCACUUUCACAAUCUUUCACCACCUCAAGCCAGAUGACUGUCGACCUCUGUGCCCAGAGAGCGCAAAGCCUGAAUCUACCAUUCUUCGGGCUUGAGUUCGCAUCCCAAUGUCUGGCUGGUCAUGUGAUCAGCGAAGGAAGCUCGAUCAUUCUGUCGUCGAAGUGCAACAUGGCCUGCAACGGCAAUUCUUCCCAGACCUGUGGUGGACCGAACGCCAUCUCCAUGUAUAACAACACCCUGUACGUAAAGCCCAGCAACCCGGACCCAGUGAACGUCCCCAAUCAGCCUGGCGUCCAUUACGGCUACUUUGGCUGCUACGCCGAACCGGGAACUUCACGUGCACUGGGCAGCACAUCCAGCCUGGCCAGCUUCGCGACCGAGUCCUCGACGAUGAGGGUGGAAGCCUGUGCCGCCUUGUGCUUCAGCAAGGGCUACAAUUGGAUGGGCGUCGAGAACGGGAACCAGUGCUUCUGUAACGGCGCAGGUGUGAUCAACAACGCUGUCGCCCUUCCCGACGCCGACUGCAACACUCCCUGCGUCGGCAAUCUCAAACAGAACUGCGGCGGUACCUCCAAGCUGAAUGUUUACCAGCUGAAGAGCGGCAACAGCCGCUUCGCGGCUGGAGGCAGGCGCACGAGUACCACCAAAUCUGCACAAGCCACACAGCCAACCUCCUCGAAGCGGCCCACGAGACGGUAUCGUACUUGGUGA